CCUCCGUGGGCGGUAAUGUGAACAUGUGUGACUGAAAUGUGUUCACCUCUCAGUUGAGAGCUUAUUCGGGACAUUUUCACGAUAGCAUACUUAUUUGUCAAACUUUUGUACUUUCUGCAGACAGGAUUUAUCAUACCCCAGCUUACGUGCCCAAUAUGGCGUCUAAUGCUGGUACAGCAAUGGAGCAGCAACUUCUAGCUGCAGCCAGUAUGGUGGAAGAACAAGUGGAUGCACAGAUCGAAAAGCUUGAUAAGAUGGAUGAGGAUGAUUUAGAGGCUGUCAGACGCAGACGGUUAGAAGCAUUGAAGAAAGGCCAGAAAGACAAGAAGGAAUGGUUAGCACUAGGUCACGGUGAGUACAGUGAGCUGAAGGAUGAGCUGGAGUUUUUCGCCAUGUGCAAGAAGAGCACGAAGAUCGUCUGCCAGUUCUACCGCGACUCGACGUUCCGCUGCAAGAUCGUCGACAAGCACCUGGAUGCGCUCGCGCGCUCGCACCCGGAGACGCGCUUCUGCAAGAUUAACGCCGACAAGAGCAUGUUCCUCGUGAAGCGGCUCAAGGUCAAGGUCAUCCCGACUAUCGUGCUCAUCCGCGACGGGCAGUGCGUCGACUUUGUGAUCGGCUUUGGCGACCUCGGCGGUACCGAUGAGUUCACGACGGAGAUGAUGGAGUGGCGCAUCGCACACGCCGGUGUCAUCAACUACAGCGGCGACCUCGCCAACCCACCUGACCCGACUGUGACGAAGCCGACCCGACCCACGCUUGGCGUUGACCUCCGGAAGAAGACGAUCCGGGGUCAGGACGAUGACAACAGCUCAGACGAUGACUGAAGCAGCACGUCGCACCCUGGUCACUGCUGCGAUUGCAUAG